UACAAAUAAGAAUAAUACUAUCAACUCGUUUCUUUCUUGGUUUGUAUGAUUCAAAGGAGGAGGGGAAGGGGGGAAUAUUAAUGGAGAGGAAGAAAGUGAAAGAAAAAAAAGGGAUUAGGUCUUUUCUUGUUUGGUUCACAAAGAGAAGGCAGAGAUUUUAAAAAUUAAUUUACUUUUGUACCCUUAUAAUUUUAAAUUCAAAAACAUGAAUAAGAAUAUUUUAAAUAUUACACUCAAAAUGUUUUAAAAUUCUUCCCUUCCCCUCCAAAUCCUUCCAAUAUUCCUCCCCUCUAAAUCCUUUUCUAAUAUUGGAGGGGAGUUAAAAUUAGGUGAAGAGGGUUUUUGUCUCCUCCAUUCUCUCUCUCCAUCUUCUAAAAAUCGAACCAAACAACAAAAGUUUAAAAUUUUCCUUCCCCCCUCUUUCCUCUAACCAAACACUAUUAAAAUCAUCAUAAAGGUAACAAUUUUCAAUUUUUGGUUCAUCAAGGGGCAAUGUUUUUAUGCUUUUAUAUUACACAUGUUUAUAUGUCUCAUAUAUCUGUAUUAGUUUUUCAUAAUAUUUUAAAGGCUUGGAUACUUCACCAACAUGUAUAAGUGAAAUAUCCAUGAGAAUUAAUAUCAAAAAGAUUUUCAUAAUUGUUUUAAAGACUUGGAUAUAUUAUUGAUAUGAAUAUGUGUAGUAUUCAAGAAUAUUAAUAUCAAAUACAAAUAUGUGAAGUAAAUUUAAGUAUUGAUGGCUCAUACAUAUGAUUCAUAUAUCGAAAUCUCCAUGUUGUCAUUAUCAUUCUACUCAAUUUAUAACUGAUUUAUAUAUUUUCUGUAUCUGUUGUGUUCUCGAUAUUAUGAUUUGUGAUAACCUCAUAUGUAUGUAAUAUGUAAUAUAUUACAUUUAUCGGCUUUCCUAGGGAGGUGUACUUCUGGUGUGACAUUACAUAUUUUUGAUAGAAGAAAGACUAAUGGCACUUUCAACGAGCUUGAUCUCUAUAGGCUUCGGUUUUGGUCCACUUCAUAAAACCAAAGUCAGUGUUUCUAGAAGGUUUGCUUCCAGAUCUUCAGUAGGGAUUCACAUUCGAGCGGUGCAAGAGAACGGUGGACCACGUAGACUUGUGGACAUUAUUAGACUUGUCCCUGAGCUCUCAAAAAAUUACUUUAGAAGUCCUUCUCGCAGAGCUCUUUUUGGAGGAAUCUCUUUGUUGGGUGGAUUUUAUGUUGCACAAACAAUCUCUUUGUCAUUUGGAGCUCUCGGAGUUAAUGAUGUUAUUGCUGCAGUUUUAUGUGUUCUUCUCACAGAAUAUGUCACCAAGUUCUAUUACAGCCGGCCAAAAGUUACUUUUCCAGUUGCACUCCUCAACAACUUUAAAAUGGGUUUUACUUAUGGACUUUUCAUUGAUGCCUUUAAACUUGCCAGUUAAUUUUUAACAUCAAUACAACUACUCUAAACAUUCGUACUUGGUUGGUUACUCUCCUAAAUUAGUUUGAUUCUAUUUAACCACCAAACUUGCACAUGUGAAGACUGAUCAACUUACAAACACUUAGUUGGUUUGUUUGUGCAUAAUAUUCAUGAUUGUAAAUGUUAGAAGAAUUAUCCUUAUAUCAUCGCAUAUCAAUCAUAGUUCUCGUAACAAAACAUCAAAUAAAUUUUCCUUAUAUUUUUUUAUUUUA